AUGACGGCAAAGCAACAACAACAUGACAACAACAGAGCUCUGACUCCAGACAAACAUGCUGCAAAAUAUAGACAAUAUUGUAUUGCUGUCAGCUACUGGCUGAUUGAACUGCAGAGCUCAGACAAGCUUUGUACAAGUAUUUUGCAGGCUGUGGGCGUCGUGCUGCUAUAG